GACAAGACACCUUUCCUUCGCACGCCAUGUUCUGUGAGGUGAGGACGUGGUCUUGGCCGCGUAAGCACCUGAAUCCUUCAAGCCACGCUACUAGAGAAAUCGAUCCCGCCUACCUCGUACUCGACCCUACGUAGCAAAGCUCAAUGAGGUUUGUACAUCUGACCCAACAGACUUCCCGCCCCCAAGCCCAGACAAGAUCCAAUAAAUCUCGGCAUCCUUAUCAGCUCGGCUUGUACAAACACAUUCGAAUAGGUGUGGUUCCCCUGCUCCUUCCAAUAUCCACUCUGUCGCUCAAGCGUGCAAAGCGGACACUACCAGCAUACGAGCGACUCGCGCAAGUGAUCACUUUUGUACGGCUGGCCCAGAAGCUAGGAAAACGGAUUCCCGUUACUGCAGUUGCGUCCCAGACAAGGCUGCGCAAGGGAGGUUCGGUUUGGGUUUGAAUAAGCAUAAUUUAAUCAUUAAGGACAGAGUCCAGUCGGCCACCGUGCCACGAGGAAGAAGCGAGCGGGAAAAGCUUGGCUUCGUGACGGGCUAGUGUCAACCCUAAGCGCCAC